GGUUUGUUGCAGAACACAAGCAGAAUUCAGAAUCAUCUGUACCCACAAUGGAAGUUAACAAAUCAGCUGUUGGAAGAGAAGCACCAACGGGGAGUGACACCGUUGAUGAGGAAGAAAUUCAAAGCGGUGUUUUGUACAGCAUUUUGAAGAGUGCAUGGAGACCAAAAGGUGGUCUGGAAGUGCAUGAGCAAUCAAAAAACACUUAUAUUUUCAUCCUCUCAGAUAAGAAUGAAAAAGAUCGCAUUAUUCAUGAGUCUCCAUGGUUUGUGAAAGGGUCCCAUAUUGUUCUUAAAGACUGGCCCGAAUCACAACAUUUUGAUGAAAUUGCUUUCUCAAAUUGAGAAUUUUGGGUUCAAAUUCAUGGGCUACCCAAAGGCUGCAUGUCUCUGGAAAAUAUACAGC